AUGACUCCGGCUCCAACAACCACAACUGUGACUGCAACAACCACGACUACCGCUCCAACAAGCACGACUGUGACCGCAACAACCACAACUACCGCUCCAACAAGCACGACUGUGGCUGCAACAAGCACGACUCCGCCUCCAACAACCACGACUAUGGCUUCGACAACCACGACUGCCACUCCAACAACCUCAACUGUGGCUGCAACAACCACGACUGCGAGUACGACUGUGGCUGCAACAAGCACGACUCUGCCUCCAAUAACCAUGACUAUGGCUUCGACAACCACGACUGCCACUCCAACAACCUCAGCUGUGGCUGCAACAACCACGACUGCGACAACCAUGACUGCCACUCCAACCACUACGACUCCGGCUCCAACAACCACGACUGCUGCUCCACACGACUGUGGCUGCAACAAGCUCGACUCUGCCUCCAAUAACCACGACUAUGGCUUCGACAACCACGACUGCCACUCCAACAACCUUAGCUGUGGCUGCAACAACCACGACUGCGGCUGCAACAACCACGACUACUGCUCCAACAAGCACGACUGUGGCUGCAACAAUGCGCCUCCAACAACCACGACUGCGACUCCAACAACCAUGACUGUUCCAACAACCACUCCGGCUAUAACCAUCACGACUGCGGCUCCAACAAGCAUGACUGUAACAACCACGACUCCAGCUCCAACAACCACGACUGCCGCUCCAACAACCACGACUCUGGCUCCAACAAGCACGACUACGGCUCCAACAUCCACGACUGUUGCUCCAGGCACGACUGCCAUUCCAACAACCACGACUCCAGCUCCAACAACCACGACUGUCGCUCCAACCACCGCGACUGAGGCUCCAGGCACGACUGCCGCUCCAACAACGAUGACUACUGCUCAAACAAGCACGACUACAGCUCCAACAACCUCAACGGCAGCUGCAACAACCACGACUGCGGCUGCAACAACCACGCCUGCGGCUCCAACAAUCACAACUGAGACUCCAACAACCACAACUGUUCCAACAACCACGACUGUCGCUCCAACAACCACGACUAAGGCUCUAACAACUGCGACUGUGUCUCCAACAACCACAACUGUGUCUCCAACAACCAAGACUGCGGCUCCAACAAGCACGACUGCAGCUCCAACAAGCACGACUGCAGCUCCAACAAGCACGACUGCAGCUGCAACAACCACGACUACGGCUCCAAAAUCCACGAUUGCUGCUCCCGGCACGACUGCCUCUCCAACAACGACGACUUCCGUUGCAACAAUUAUGACUGUGGCUCCAACAACCAUGACUACUGCUCAAACAAGCACGACUAAAGCUCCAACAACCACGACUACUGCUCCAACAACCACGACUACUGCUCAAACAAACACGACUAUGGCUCCAACAACCUCAACUGCAGCUGCAACAACCACGACUGCGGCUGCAACAAACACGACUAUGGCUCCAACAACCACAACUGCUGCUCUAGGCACUACUGCCGCUCCAACAACCAUGACUGCCGCUCCAACAACCACCUGCCCCUCCAACAACGAUGACUGCCACUCCAACAACCACGACUCCAGCUCCAACAACUACGACUGUCGCUCCAACAACCAUGCCUGCGGCUCCAACAACCACGACUGUCGCUCCAACAACCACAACUAUGGCUGCAACAAGCACGACUACGGCUCCAACAUCCACGAAUGUUGCUCCAGGCACGACUGCCACUCCAACAACCACGACUUCAGCUCCAACAACCACAACUAUUCCAACAACCACUCCGGCUAUAACCAUCACGACUGCUGCUCCAACAAGCAUGACUGCUCCAGGCACGACUGCUGCUCCAACAACGAUGACUACUGCUCAAACAAGCACGACUACGGCUCCAACAACCUCAACGGCAGCUGCAACAACCACGACUGUGGCUGCAACAACCAAGACUACGGCUCCAACAUCCACGACUGUUGCUCCAGCUACAACAACCACGACUGCGGCUGCAACAACCAAGACUGCGGCUCCAACAAGCACGACUGCAGCUCCAACAAGCACGACUGCAGCUCCAACAAGCACGACUGCAGCUGCAACAACCACGACUACGGCUCCAACAUCCACGAUUGCUGCUCCCGGCACGACUGCCUCUCCAACAACGACGACUUCCGUUGCAACAAUUAUGACUGGGGUUCCAACAACCACGACUACUGCUCAAACAACUGCAACAACCACGACUGCGGCUGCAACAAACAUGACUAUGGCUCCAACAACCACAACUGCUGCUCUAGGCACGACUGCCACUCCAACAACCACGACUGCCGCGCCAACAACCACGCCUGCGGCUCCAACAACCACAACUGA